GACCAAACGACCACUAAGUGCAUGUGAGACUGUGAAAGACAAGCCCAUGAAUGAUAUGCCUGUUACAACCAUUGUAUAAAAAAACAGAGAAACAAAUAAACUUUGCUAAAGCUGCAUCCUCAAGUUGUUUUCCUGCAAAACACUCUCUUAAGCCUUCUGAGAUAAUUAGCAACCAUAUCUUGAAUGGAGUAAUGACUAUUGUUAUGGGAGUCGUGACUAUGGUUCGUAUGACACGAACCAUGCCAAAAGGACUCACAAAUGCCACCCUCUACUCCUCCAUAUAUAGUGAUAGCGACUCAAACUCGCCUAGGGAAACCAUCUCAAACGAGGAUUACAUUAUCAUGAUGAAACGCAUGAACGAGCUAGAGGAGAAAGUGAUCAUCCUCAGCACGAGGUCCACAACUAUGCCACCUGAAAAGGAAGAGAUGUUAAACAAUUCCUUGCAACGCAUAGACAUGCUGAAGCAAGAGCUGUCUACAACCAUAAAGACUUUGGAGGAUGCCCUGGUUCGGGAAGAGGAACUCGUUGCCUUCAUUGAAGAAGAAGAAGAAGAAGAUUACAACAUGCUUUGAUUAUUUUUAGAGAUGGUGUUGUGCUGCAUCGAACACCAUUUCCUAUAAUUCUUAUGUUUUUCGGACCUUGUUGUAAUCUUAUGUAAAUAGAACUCUAUGUUGUUUGUGUUGGAAUUUUACACUACAAUUUAUAGGCUGAGAGUUUCAUUGAUGACCUCAGCAUUCUCUGCUCUUGCUUACAGCAUGACGGGGUCCAAAAACAAAUUGAAAAUUCCAGAGGGAUUUCAUGCAUCCUACAAAGAAUAUGUAUUGAAAGAUUUUCAUCUUCGUUUUUAAAAUAUUUUCUAUAUUUCUGCAUUUAA